UACAAUCGGAAGUGACGGAGUGAGAGGUUGGGUUUGUGACUUGCUUGUCACGCCCCGACUGUCUUUCCUUAAGAAAGUUACUUGUUUGAUAUGUUAAAGUAAAUGUGAGCUUUCGGGUGUUUUGUUGUCUGUGUCUGUCAUCAUGGGGAAGAUUGAAUGGGCGAUGUGGGCCAACGAACAGGCUCUGGCUGCUGGUCUUAUUUAUCUGACUGGAGGAAUAGUUGGAGUGGCUGGUCAGUUCAGAGAUUGGCAAUUUGCAGCAUUUGGCAUUGCUGCAGGUCUGUUUGUGUGUUUGCUGGAAUAUCCCCGCAGUAAACGGAGCAAAGGCACCAGUGUUGAGAGGACGGGUCAGUACUGCUUCACGGUGUGUGUAAAGGCUUUUGGGCCCCUGACCAGCAACUAUUACGUCAGAGCUUUGCUACACGCUGCGUUGUGUGUUCCUGGAGGUUUCAUGUUAGCCACAGUCCUGGGAUGUGUUUGUCUUGGGAUCGCUAGUUUAAUCUACCUUUCCGCAGCUAUUCACGGGGAGAACUGGGAGCCCAUACUGCAUCGAAAGGAGAUGUCAAAGCGAAUUGGGGAGAGUAUCAAAGAACCUCCCCAGAACCCUCCGCCACGACCUCCUCCAGAACUCCGCCGGAAAAAAGCAGAUCACCUAGAGACCGCUGCAUAUGACAAUCCCAUGACCGUGACUGUCAGUGAAUAAUUACUCUAAUGAGUGUGAAUAGGGUUUAGUUACAAACUCCAAACGGCUUGUAACUAUAGCUGGCCUUUAUGGUUUUAUAUUGUUUAAAUGCUCCAGAAAAGAGACAUGGAGGGACGGGAUUGACAAAAUAAUUUACUGAUUAUUUAAUCUGCUUUGUGUAUAUGAAGUAGACAUUACAGUAGAUACUUUCAUGUCAUUUUUACCUACACACAUUCUACAAAAAAUGUUUUUUAACACUUUCAUCUUAAUGUUCAGUUUAAACAUAUCUCUGUUUAAACAGGGCAAUUUUCUGAUAUAAUUGUGAUAUUAUGAGUUUAGGGAAGAAAACACUUUCCUUGAAAGAUUAUGUAUUUGCAUCAAGGUAACAUAUAGGCCUAUAUUUUUGUACAUGGAAUAAACUAUAUGUAAUUGGAGGUGCUAUAGUCACUUGUCAUGUAUAUAAUUUGAUUUUUCCCAAUAUAAAUAAUUCAUAAUU